AUGGAGGCCCUCUUCUUUAACGUGAAUGCCGGCUUCCUCGAAGGUAUCGUCAGGGGAUACAAGGCGGGACUCCUCACUCAGACGCAGUAUAAUAACCUGACACAGUGCGAGACGAUUGAAGACUUCCGUACGCAGUUAUCUGCGACUGACUACGGGACUUUCCUCGCGAAUGAGCCGCUGCCUAUCUCGACGUCAACCAUUGCCGACAAAGCCACGCAACUCCUCGUUGACCAGUUCAACUUCCUCCGUAGCAAUUCCGUCGAGCCUCUGUCCAAGUUCUUUGACUACAUAACGUAUGCAUACAUGAUUGACAAUGUCAUCUUGCUCAUCACAGGCACGCUGCACGAACGAAACACCCAGGAACUCCUUGAGCGAUGUCACCCGUUAGGAGUGUUUGAGACCCUUCCAGCACUCUGUGUUGCAACGAAUGUGGAGGAGCUCUAUCGAACCGCACUCGUCGAAACCCCACUUGCCCCCUACUUCCGCGACUGCCUCAGCGCGGCCGACCUCGACGACCUCAACAUCGAGAUCAUCCGCAACACGCUCUAUAAGGCUUACCUUGAGGACUUCUAUGCCUUCUGCGAGAAGCUCGGCGGGCCCACUGCCGAAGUCAUGCAGCGGACCCUUGCCUUCGAGGCCGACCGCCGCUCCAUAAACAUCACUAUCAACUCCUUUGGCACCGGACUUUCCAAAGAGUCCCGCGCGAAGCUCUUCCCCGCCUUCGGCCGACUCUUCCCUGCGGGCAAUAACGCGCUCGCUCGCGCGGAUGACGUCGACCAGGUCCGCCAGGCAUGCGACGGUGUCAUGGAGUACCGUGCGUUCUUCGAGUCAUCACCAGGAGGCUCCGGACGCGCACCAAAUGGUGCCAAUGGGAACGACAGCACUGCACACUUGCUCGGAGAUUUUAGCGAUAGCUUCGGGGACGCAGGAGCACCGGCGGAGAUGGAGGAUCGUUUCUUCGCAUAUGAGGUCCACCUGAAUAAGUUGGCUUUCCUGCAGCAAUUCCAAUAUGGCGUAUUCUACGCGUAUAUCAAGCUGAAGGAGCAAGAGAUCCGAAGCUUGACGUGGAUUGCGGAAUGUAUUGCGCAGGAUGCGCGGGACAGGAUACAUGACUACAUUCCAACCUUCUGA